CAGUGUCUAGUCCUUCACGCCGUGAACGUGGCAUCAGCAUGCAUGCAUGUAGCUAGCACUCGGUUUUAGACAACCAGAGCUUAACAAAAGGGGAAAUCAAAGCUGCUGUCUCGAAGAAAGAAAACUUUAUACUUGGAGUUAAAAGUUGUAUAGUAGAAAGAAGAAUCGCGACAAUACCUUGCAUUCAUUUCUUCAAUUCUGUAAUCCAAAAGAAGGAUAUAAUGCCCAUAGAUCAGGACAUUCCGGGAAGACACAUGAGCAAGGCAUGGGAGCUAUGGAACAUCAGGGUAGGCAUUCUCUUCAGCCUUCUAUGGCAAAUCAUUCUAUUUUUGGGUGCUCCCAUGGGAAAACGCACGGGAGAUAGGUUGGUCAUUCUGCUAGUCUCGUGGUCAUACUUUUACGCUGAAUUGGCAACUAGCUUUGCUGUCGGGCUCAUCACCAGCAUCCAAAGUUCUAAGCAUGGUGAAACUAGUGACCUCUAUGCAUUUUGGGCUUCGUUCGUGCUGUUACAUCAUAUUGGUGGCCCGGACACCAUAACUGCUUCUGUGGAAAACGAGCUCUGGCCAAGGCAACUUGUUACCAUAAUAUCCCAAGUUUUCGCGACGUUGUUGAUCUUCCCCCCAACACUACCGGAAAGCAAGCUGUGGCUCCCAACUUCCCUCAUUUUCUUCGCAGGAAUCAUCAAAUGUGGUGAAAGGACACGCUCUUUAUAUCUUGCAGACUGGCGUAAAUUCCGAGAAACCAUGCUUCCGAAACCAGAUCCUGGACCAGAGUACGCGAAGCUCAUGGAGUCCUUAUCUUCAAAGAAAAAGGCUAGACUUCCUACAGCAAUGUCACAAGAAGUAGAAGCUGUUAUUAAAGAAUCAAAGGUCGCCUUCAAUUGUGAUCCUCAACAGAGCGUGAAGAAAGAAAGUCUAACUUACUUUGAGGUGGUGAAAUAUGCUUACAAACACUUCCAUAAUACCUUAGUGGGGCUCGUUGUUGAUCUCACCGGCCGGCAUGAUCGACAUGCGAGCCGAUCAUUUUUCUGCAAUUUAGCUGCUGAAGAUGCGCUUGAAGUGUUGGAGGUUGAACUCAAUUUCAUCUACGAAAUUCUCGAUACCAAGGUAUAUGUAGUGCAUAGUCUCACAGGAUACAUUUUCCGCCUGCUAACCAUUCUUUCAGUUUGGGCGUCCCUAGCGAUCUUUUGUUUAGAUUGCAAGCAAGGUUUAGAUAAGUUUGAUAUUGGAAUCACCUACACCCUGCUAAUCUUUGCAUCGAGCCUAGAGACAAUAGCACUCUUCAACCUCAUUUUCUCGGAUUGGAUAACAGCUUCUCUCGACCAGGAAAAAACAAAUCCAUGUGUCUGGACCAUCUUCGACAAAUAUCUCAAAAUUAGAAGGUCAAGGUGGGCUACAUACAUGGAUGUUUCUGGCAACAAGUUUGAUAAGAGAGCUACAUCAGUAUUAUUUCGCAGGUGGUCUGAAUCUGUGGCAGGAUUUAAUUUGAUAACAUACUGCCUCCGGCAACUUCCGAAAAAUUCCCAUGGAGAAAACAAGUACUGCCUUGGCAUUUCUAAGAUCACUACUAAUUUAUUGGACUAUAUACGGAGAAUUUGUCGCCAAUAUGUGGUUGAACCAUUGGGUGCUCAGGAUUUUCUAGAUGAGUUGAAAUAUGCAUCCAAAAACCCCUUCACAGAAGAUCUAUGGAGAUUAAUCUUUUACGAACUACAUGGGCAAUCUGGAAAGGUAGAGGAACCUGAAAAUACUGGGAAGAUGAGUUCAGCUAGAGGUGCUUACGUUCUGGAAGAAUACAGAAACAAGGCCACAGGCGGGGAUGUAGUACUUUUUGAAACACUAAAAACAGAUUAUAUUGAAAAUGUUACCUUUGAUGAGAGCCUUCUGCUUUGGCACAUUGCUACUGAACUCUGCUAUCAUGGAAGUGAAGUCGAUCACGAUAAAUUCAUCAGUAAGCUCCUUUCAGAUUACAUGCUAUAUCUCUUAGUGAUGAAACCUACUAUGAUGUCUGCUGUGACAGGUAUUGGGCAAAUUAGAUAUAGAGAUACGUGUGCUGAGGCUGAAAGAUUCUUUCGCAACAAGGGACUAGGACCAAACGAUAGGGAAAAUGUUGCUUGCGAAAACCUCCUUGCUGUGAAUACAGAGGUUAAACCUAUUUAUGUAAAGGGAGAUAAAAGCAAGUCUGUAUUGUUUGAUGCAUGCAUGCUAGCCAAAGAGCUUCAAAAAUUGGAGAAGAAGAAAUGGAAGGUAAUCAGCGAAGUGUGGGUGGAAAUGUUGGCAUAUGCAUCGAAUCAUUGCAAACCAGAUGCCCAUACUGAGCAAGUAAGUAGAGGUGGACAGCUUAUCAAUCUUGUUUGGUUGUUGAUGGCUCAUUUUGGCCUCGCUAAGCAGUUUGCAUUCAGUACUACUGUUGGCCCUGCAAAAUUGAUUGUGGGCAAGUAAUUUAAUCAAUGUUGAUCUUUGUAUUCACUUCUUUAUGAGUUGUCUGUUUUUAGGCAAGCCGACCUUCUAUUUCUGAAUGGUUUGCCGGGAUCAAGUGACA